AAGGGAGAUGAGCGUGGUCUCAGUUGACACUGAGGGAUGAAAAAGGGCUUCAUUUCAGGGCAGCGGGAUGAAGAAGCAAAAGGAGAGCCUGUGCACUCGGAAGACCAUCUCAUUGCUGAGCCCCCUGGGGACGAUCGAAGUCAGUGGAUGUGAGAAUGGUGUGCACACCAUCCAGAUCCUAAUGGAUGUCGCACCUGCUGAAAGGAGCACGGAGCCCCCCCUGAGCUGCGUGGUCAACGAUAGCCCGGCAGAAACGAGCCCCGAGUUGCAGCGCUGCGUUGAAUGGCUCCAGGCGUACUUCAGUGAGCCGCAGACCGCUGGGAGUCUCCCGUUCCCUGCCUUUCACCACCCCGCCCUGCAAGGAGGUGCGUUCACAAGCCGCGUGUUGCGCGUACUUCUGAGGGAUGUGAAGCUCGGAGAGACCGUCUCGUACAAACGCCUCGCUGAGAUGGCGGGAAACCCCAGAGCGGUGCGGGCGGUGGGAGGGGCCAUGAGGAGGAACCCGGUUCCCCUCCUCGUUCCUUGUCACAGAGUAAUUUCCAGCAGUGGACAGAGUGGGCCGUACAUGAGCGGCAAGGGCAACCACCUCAAACAAUGGCUGCUCACCCAUGAGAGGCGGUGAGGGGAAGGCUGAGGCACGACACAGCGCAACUGUCCUUCAUUUAAUACAAAUACAGAAGCGCGUGCACACACACACACACACACACACACACACACACACACACACACACACACACACACACACACACACACACACACACACACACACAAGGCCAGCAUUUCUUUUUUCUUUUUUCAUUCUUUAUUCUCUAAACAACACAAAACAGGGCCAUAAAGUUAGGCGUGCUUGGCACACGCCGUGGAACAACUGGAGUUACUUGUAAAUAUUCAGUUUAAUCUUUUUUUUUUUUUCUUUUUUUAAAUCUAAGAAAAGAGAUACUGCAUGGUUAAUGCGAUACAGAGUUGUUGCAGAAUUAGAAUGUACAAAAAUAACUUAAACAGCAAACAGUAGGAAUUACAAACAUAUGCUCCCGAGGGUCUCCGCUGCGUUUGCCAGAUAGUGCUGGAAUGGUUUUUCUAAAGAAUUAUUAUUCCCUUAAAAAUAUGUCUCUUGCAUUGUUAUUGUUGUUGUUGUUGUUGUUUGUUUUUUUUUCCUGAGCAGAAUUAGUCUUUGUACCUCUCGUUGUUUUUUUUUAAUUUCCUGCCAAGUGGAUGCUUUGUUCAACAUCCAGUGAUAAAGGCUCUGAAUUUUACCGCUACAAAGCUUUGUAGUGAAGCAUUUGUUUUGUCUUCAUUUAGAUCUCAUUGUUUGCUUUCGCCUUAUAAUCCACCUAGAGUGGAGAUGUCUCAUGUUUUAUAUAGUGUAUUAUGUUGUCUUAGACAUGUUUAAAUA